CUUCUGGACAAAGGGAGAUUGUCUUAUUUCAGGAGAAUUUUCCCGCAGAGAUCAGAAUGAGUGACAAUCAGCCUCUUGCUCAGCCCUUGGGCCAUUUAGAAGACCACAGCGAAGGUCCUCUAGCCAAGAAGCCCUGCAUGAACGAUACGCCACCCAUUGCUUUAACCCCAGCAGAUGAUGGGAGUGAUUUCUACAACACCCCUCUAAAUGCAGGAACCCCAGUGGCCAGCAAUGAAAGCAAUGAUAAGAAAGACUCUACAGAUGCCCCAACAAGCGACCCGGCUGCAUCUGCCACAUCUCAUCUCCCAAUUCCAGGAUUGAGUCUCGUCAACGACAAUGAUCAAGAGACUAGCCCGGCCGAGAACAAGCCCAGUCAACCACAAGACGCCUCUGCAUCCAACGGCGACCAGUCUACAUCUGCCAUGGCUGAGUCUGGUGCUUCAGAGACGGCCACCCAACAACUCGCCGGCAUGCAGCAUGAAGCCAUGGAGCUGGAUAAGGAGACACUCGGCGACGGAGAGCCUCACGGACGCGAAGAAGGAUCUGCAACAAAUGCUGCCCCGGAGGCAGAGGAGGAGCAGGAUGAGGAGCACCCCGAAUGGGAAAUUGACUCAUCACCAUACGAAUCUUCUUCCGAUGAUUCCUCAACAGAUUCCUCCGAUGACAGCGACGACGACGAAGACUACCCGAUUCUGAGCCCCGAGGAACAAGCGCGCAUUUUAAUGCAAGCAGAGCUUGGCUCUGACGACGAAGGUGAUGGGAAAGGUAAACCGGGCAGCCAGCUGAAGACUGCGAACGAGCUUCCAGAGGAGCUUCUGCCCAUCCCUGACCUUACCAUCUCUCCGGAUAUGAAAAUUGUGCUCCUCGGGCAGGUGGAAACCAUCGUCGAAAACACCAUUCUGAUUGUGGCAAACACCUCUGGAGAAUAUCAGGUGCUCGAGUCUGGUUCCUUGCUAUGCCUGGAGGACCGCACUAUCGCUGGCGUAGUGGCUGAGACGCUUGGAAGAGUUGAGAAUCCGCUGUAUGCGGUCCGUUUCCCGACGGCAGCCGCAGUAGAGCAGCAUGGAAUUACGCAGGGCAAGACGAUUUAUUACGUCGAAGCACACUCGACCUUCGUUUUCACCCAACCCCUCAAGGGUAUUAAGGGCAGCGAUGCCUCGAAUUAUCAUGACGAGGAGGUUGGCGAGGAUGAGGUCGAGUUCUCCGAUGACGAGGCAGAAGCCGAGUACAAGCGCAAGGUGAAGCAGGAGCGCCAGAAGAACAAGGAGGGCAAGAGCGACUCUGCAAGAGCCAAGCGAGGGCCCCCGGGCCCUUCGAAACUUAGCCACAGCGAACUGAAUUACGACGAUACUCCGGCGGACGAUGGCUAUACGCCUCUUGCCCGCCCGAAGAACCUGCACGAGAUGAUGCGCCAGCAGGAGGCACCGAUCGAAGCAGAUGGUCCCCCUGGCCAUAGCAGGAACAACUCGGGUUUCCGUGGUGGCCGGGGCCGAGGUCGUGGAUCUGACCGCGGUCGCCCUGGUCGUGGCCGCGGAGGAGCUGGUGCAGGAUCCCGCGAUGCUCACGAGCACCGUGACCGUUCUUCAUACUAUCAGCAACAGACGCAGGGUACUCAACCCCAGUCUCAACCUCAGACCCAACACCAACAUCCUACCUAUCCCCAGCAGCCAAUGUACGCUGGCCAUCAACCCAAUGCCUACGGCUUGCCCCAGCAAUAUCCCGCGUUUGCCUUCCCGCAGCAACAGCAGCAGCAGCAGUCUCAGCCAUACACUCAGGGAGCUGUACCGGCACCGUUCAAUUUCCAGGUCCCUUUCCAGCAGGCCUAUCAACAACAUAACCCAUACCAGCAGCUUCCCCCCAAUAUGCAAAUUAAUCCUUUACUCAUCGCUGCCCUUCAGCAACAGCAACAAUUACAGCAGCAGCAACAGGCUCCGGGACAACAAUCACAGGCACAGGCUCCUACCAUGAACUUUGACCAGGUCAAGGCCCAGUUGGAUUUACUGCGGCAACUGAGCAACAAUCAACAAGGUCCUCCUCGUCAAUGAUCUUGCCUCGUCUUUUGUUUGCUCUUUCGUUUCUAUUCAGAUAUAUGGGGUUUAGGUUCACCACUAGGAUUCUUGGGCUAUUCAUUUUAUGGCGUGGGUAAAUAAAAGUUGUUACAUACGUCCACCACCGUUUAUUCUGUAGCGUCUUUGAAUAU